AUGAUGGCCAAACACAUCCCUCCAGCACUGCUGCUGGCACCUCCGACCUCCAGCUCUUCUACAAACAAUUCGUCAAGGGAUCCGCUUCUGUCCCCAGAGCUGAGAGAAGCCUUCCGGCUCUUCGACAAGGACGGCGACGGUUCCAUCUCUACUGAAGAGCUCGGCACAGUUAUGCGAAACUUGGGCCAGUUUCCUUCGGUGGAUGAGCUCAAUCAGAUGUUGCAGGAGAUAGAUAUUGAUGGAGACGGGACAUUUUCAUUUGAGGAGUUUGUACAGGUGAUGGCCAACGUGGGAGGUCUCAGUGAUAACAGUCAGGAGCACGAGGAAGAGGAGCUGAGACAAGCUUUUCGAGUGUUUGACAAGUCAGGCUGUGGCUAUAUCACCCCAUCUGACCUCAGGGCAGUUCUCCAGUGUAUGGGACAGGAGCUGACUGAAGACGAGAUUGAUGAAAUGAUUGCUGAAGUAGAUAUUGAUGGUGAUGGCAGAAUUGACUUUGAAGAGUUUAUCACAUGUAUGAGAAGUGAAGACCAUGAGGAAGAUGAUGCAGUUUCGGGUCACAGCGAAGAUGAGGAAAAUGAUGCAGUUUUGGGUCACGGCCAAGAUGAGGAAGAGAGAAACGUCAAGAAUAAGCAGGAUGACUAA